GCUGUCAGUCGGUGUCAGGACUUUAGUAAGUAAGUGUGUCACAAAUUUAUUCGGUAAAGGCAUCGCUAAUUCAAGUGUGAGGCUGAGCUGUUUAAUCCAUAUAACAUGGAUACAGAGGUGAGGAAUCGAAAGAACAAUAAAUCGUCCCCGAAAAAUGAGAAAAUCAAGAAAGGGAAAGAAGAUACGACACCUGAUCCCGAUGACAUGCUGAAGAAAAGCAUCGAGAAACUUCAACAAUUAAAUGAGAACAUCAGUAGAGACUCGGGCGAUGGAGAAUCUGCACCAGACACGCCUCCACCCGAGACUUCUCCAGAUGACGCCCUUCAGUCUUCCUCCGACACGGCCUCUACCCCGACAAAAGUCCCUGGCACGCCUACCAGAAAAGACGCCAAACAGAAGUCACAAACAUCCAAAAAGUCCAAAAUCAAGACCAGUGCCAAAGAACAACCUCUCAACUCUCCUCUAGAGCUCAACCUGCAUCUGGAUGGAAUGUCUGUCGUGAUAUUCACCUUGUCUUUUCUGACGAGGAUUUUCAGAUUAGAAUCUCCAAAGGGCAUUGUGUUUGAUGAACUUCACUAUGGUAAAUAUGCAGGGCUCUACAUGCAGAAUACCUUCUUCUUCGAUUCUCAGCCACCUCUUGGCAAGCAGUUGAUUGCUCUUGCUGCUUAUCUUGCUGGUUUUGAUGGUAACUACAAGUUUGAUCGCAUUGGUAGCCCUUAUGAUAUGACUGUCCCAGUUUCGGCCAUGCGUUUAGUACCAGCAUUCUUUGGUUCUCUCCUGAUGCCUACGGUGUACAAUGUGAUGUUGGAGCUUGGCGUCUCUCAUUAUGCUGGUGCCCUUGCUACUUUCUUGAUGAUAUUUGAUAAUGCCAUUCUUGUGCAAUCUCGCUUCAUGUUAAUGGAAGGCAUCCUUAUGUUCUUUGGGAUGUUUGGUCUUCUGUGUAUCUUGAAGUUCCGUCAUUUUUAUAAGCAACCAUAUAGCCUGCCUUGGUUUGGUUGCCUGAUCAUGGGGGCUGCAUCUUUAGGUGCUGCUUUCUGUGUUCGCUACUUUGGAAUCUUUACCUUCAUCCUCGGAGUGGGCAUCCUGGCGAAAGACUUUUGGGGUAUGGUUGGAGAUCGUCUCGUUUCAGAUCGUCAGCUUUUGGGUCACUUCCUCACUAGAGCAUUCAUUUUCAUCACCAUUCCAAUGUCUUUGUAUGUUACCUGUUUCUGUAUUCAUCUGAAUAUGCUCUACAAGGCAGGACCUAAUGAUAAUAUUAUGACCUCUGCUUUCCAAGCAAGUCUUGAGGGUGGAUUAGCUGCUAUUGUUGCCAAUCAACCAGUGAAGGUGCUUCAUGGAUCUCAGAUCACUCUACGACAUACUCAUGGGCGAACUUGCUGGCUUCAUUCCCAUGAUGCUGUUUACCCUGUCAAAUACCCUGAUGGCCGAGGAUCCUCUCAUCAGCAGCAAGUAACUUGCUACAGUUACAAGGAUGUAAACAAUUGGUGGAUUGUUAAGAAACCAGAAAUAGAGGAACUAGUAGUGAGCGAGCCUCAUGAGCCCAUCAAGAAUGGUGACAUCAUUGAAAUUGUACAUGGCUUGACAUCUCGUAUACUGAAUGCUCAUGAUGUAGCAGCUGCCAUGUCUCCUCACAAUCAAGAGGUUGCUGCUUAUAUUGAUUAUAAUGUGUCCAUGCCAGCUCAGUCCCUAUGGCGUGUAGACAUCCUAAAUCCAGAUGCAACUGAUGGUUAUUGGCAUGCUGUUGAGAGUCAGAUUCGCUUGAUCCAUCUGAAUUCAAGCCAGGCUCUUAAAUUCUCUGGAAGGCAACUUCCAGACUGGGGUUUCAGGCAGCAUGAGAUUGUUACAGAUAAAGUAGUUGAUCAAGAAGACACUAUUUGGAAUGUAGAGGAGCACCGCUAUACUCGCAUUGAUGACAAGAAAGAGAGGGAGAAGGACCUAAUUCGAACUGAAAUGAUACCCAUGGAACGCAAAAAUUUGACUUUCUGGAACAAGUUUUAUGAACUCCAGUAUAAGAUGCUGUUCAAUAACCAAGAAAAUGUAGCUGGUCACAUGUAUGCCUCUGAACCUUUAGAUUGGUUGCUGCUUAAACGUGGUGUUGCCUACUGGAUUUCUUCUAACAGCAAUGCACAAAUUCACUUCCUCGGUAAUGUAGUAACUUGGCUAUCGGGCACGGUAGGGUUGGUUGCUUACCUUGGUCUUUUUGUGUUGUAUUUGUUGAGAAGACAGAGAGCAUGCUAUGACUUGCCAGAUGACGUAUGGAAUAAAUUUUGCACAUUUGGAGAGGUACUUGGUAUUGGUUAUGCAAUCCAUUACUUUCCCUACUUCCUUGUUGACAGAACUUUGUUCCUCCAUCAUUAUAUGCCUGCGUAUAUGUUUAAGUUGUGCCUUCUAGCUGCAGUGGUGGAACAUGGUCAUUACCUUAUUGCAGACUACUUGAAGGCUCCUAGGUUGGCCAAACUUUACAUUGGUGCUGUAGGGAUAUGGAUGGCUUCAAUUCUCUAUGUCUUUUGGGUCUUCUCUCCUGUGACAUAUGGCACUGUUGACCUUACUGCAGAUCAAGUACUGAGUUUGGCUUGGAGGGAUACUUGGGAUCUCAUUAUACACAAAUAGUGAUAUUAUAAUUUAGGAUAAGAUGUCGUAUUUAUAUAUUGUUGUGCUGUACUUGCAUAGUAUUAUGCAGAACUAUUUUUGUAUGUAUGUUGCAUACUUUGAAAUUAUAUAAAAUGUGUGAUUGGCAGUUGUGCAUUUUUAAUUAAAAAGUUUGCAUCAAUUGUUAGAAUACUUUGACAAUGUAAGCUCCAUGGAUUUUUGGUCAAUGAUAGAAUUUUAUAUUUUUGUCUUCCACGUGUUUCAACAAUAUAAAAAAAUUAAAAAGAAUCUCAAGAACUAAAAACUUAUAAAAUAUACAUAAACUGAGCAAUGAAUUAUUAAAUUUUUUACGAGAGACUUGUAAGUGGCAGUGAUAGCUAAACUGUGUGUGACAGUGAAGUGAAGAAGAAUUGUACAUUUUACCUGAUUAUGUGAUAUUAGCAUGAAUGUAAAACUUAAUACUGCAAUGUAGGGUGUUGGGAUCAGUGUUAUUCUUUAUACUUAAUUUCUAUUUUUGUACUGUUGUUACUUUCAGUAAUAAAACUUUUCUAUACAGUUA